AUGUCCCCCCCCGCCCAGCCGGGGGUGCCGGGCGGGCGCGGCUCUAAGGGGCCCCCGGCGCGGAAGCUGCUCUGCAUGUGCAGCCUCUCCCUGUGCCUCACCUACCUGUGCUACAGCCUGAUGGGGGGCACCGGCCCGGCCGCCCUGCGCUCCCCCGCCGCGCUCCCCGCCUCGGCGGCCCCCGGGGCCCCGCGCUCCCCCACCGCCUUCCCCGCCACGGCGGCCCCGCGCUCCGCCGGCGCCCCGGGCCCCUCGGCCGCUCCGCCGCGGGCCUCCAACGGCAGCCGGGAAGGGGCGGCGGACACCUGGCUGCGGGCGCAGCUGGCCCCCGGGGAGGUGAUCACGGCGCAGAGCGGAGCCUUCGAGAGGGACCCGCAGGAGUCGAGCACCACGGACGAGGAGCUGAGCCGGGCCGGCAGCCCGGGCAGCCGCGGCGGCGGCAGCAGCAGCACCACGCCGGACUACGGGGAGAAGCGGCUGCCGCAAGCCCUCAUCAUCGGGGUGAAGAAGGGGGGGACGCGGGCGCUGCUGGAGGCCAUCCGGGCGCACCCCGACGUGCGGGCCGUGGGCACCGAGCCCCACUUCUUCGACAGGAACUACGAGAAGGGGCUGGAGUGGUACAGGAACGUGAUGCCCAAGACGCUGGAGGGCCAGAUCACCAUGGAGAAGACCCCCAGCUACUUCGUGACCAACGAGGCCCCGCGGCGCAUCCACAGCAUGGCCAAGGACACCAAGCUGAUCGUGGUGGUGCGCGACCCCGUCACCCGCGCCAUCUCGGACUACACGCAGACCCUCUCCAAAAAGCCGGAGAUCCCCACCUUCGAGGUGCUGGCCUUCAAGAACAGGACCCUGGGGCUGAUUGAUGCCUCCUGGAGCGCUAUCCGCAUUGGGAUUUAUGCCCUGCACUUGGAAAACUGGCUCCAGUAUUUCCCCCUCUCCCAGAUCCUGUUUGUCAGUGGUGAGAGGCUCAUCACUGACCCAGCUGGGGAAAUGGCCAAGGUCCAGGACUUCUUAGGCCUCAAGAGGAUUGUGACAGAGAAGCAUUUUUAUUUUAAUAAGACGAAGGGGUUUCCCUGUCUAAAGAAGCCAGAGGACAGCAGUGCUCCCCGGUGUUUGGGCAAGUCCAAGGGUCGAACUCACCCCAAAAUAGACCCAGAUGUCAUCCACAGACUGCGGAAGUUUUACAAACCCUUCAAUGUCAUGUUUUACCAAAUGACAGGCCAAGAUUUCCAGUGGGAGCAGGAAGAAAGUGAUAAGUAGAACCACAAAAUCAGGAAAAAAUAUUUUUUUGUUUUUGGGAUGUGAAUCAUCAUUUGAGACCCAAAACUCUCUUGGGGCCAGAGGCUCAUCCCUGUGUGUGACAGGCUCUCGUGCUGCCAGGGCUGCAGCAGAGGUGGCCCCAGGUGUGCAGUUGGAACUGUUGUGUCACCUCGGGC